CGCGCGGCGGUGGACGACCUUUGAAAUAAUAAUAAUUCGCGAACUUAGAUUGCGAGUUGCGACGUAGGUACCGACUACUUAUACGAAUUGCAUUUCCGCCACCACCGCUCAUAUGCUUGACAAAUAUAAACGUAAGGGAUCAUUACAACUCCCAGCGACUAUCAAACGACGUCGCCGUUUGCUUAAUUAUAAAUAUAUUAUGUACCUAUGCAAUAUAAUGCACGUACUAAUAAUAAUAAAUUUUCUGUACCUAUAACCCGACUUCGCUCUAAAAAAUUGACUAACAUAAUAUUAUAUAGCUUUGUACCCACACAUCGUCAGUGGAAUACCUAGGGGAGGUGGCUAUCAGGGCUCAGCCCCCCCGCCCAAACAUUGGCCGUGUCAUCAUAAACAUCUUAUAUAAUAAAAUGCGAAGUACAGACCAUGAUGAUAUAUCUGAAAAUGGUUUCAAAGAAACAUUUUGCGUAUUAUCAAUUAUUUGUAAAGGUUAUUAAGGUCAUGCGAUAUAGUAGUAACGACCUAGUAUAAGGUAAAGCAUAUCAAAUUCUGAUUUCCUUCCCCCCCUCCAUAAAUUAUGGGCUCGCCACAGCCUAUCAUUGUACCUCGGCUUUAGUGUUCCUCAAUGUCCACAAACAAAUCGGUAUGCCUUGAUUUGUGAACUAAUUCCACCGAGAUGGACACUUGUUGAAUUUUCGAACAUGGUUCAAAUUGCUGUCUAAACUUUUCUAUAUUAAUAAAACCUAAUCUAUAAAUAAUAUUGAAAAAAUAAGCCAAAAUCGUUCAAAUAUGCAUAUAUUAAUUAAUAUAACGAUAGCUGUACAAUGGACGACCUGAAACGUAAAAUAGCGAACCUGAGAACUUGCUACUUGCGGGAAUUCAAAAAAGUAAUGGAUUCCAAAAGAUAUGGUACAAUAUACGAGCCCAGUUUGUGGUAUUACAAAUCCUUGGAGUUCCUAAACGACCAGCAUCACAGCGAAGACAGGGUGCGUUUGGGCCGCAGUUAUCCGGAUAACAGUGACGAAGAUAACGAGUCAAACGAGGCACAAAACAUCUUGGUGUACGAGGAAGUAGAUGACCGAGCUGGGUCCGAGGACAAGGACUCGUGUUCCACCGAACCUGAGUACCAACAACCCUGUGCCGCGACCAGCAGCAGCAUGCAAACCAGCGGCGGAGGUGGCGUCAGGAGACCCAAAAGACGGCGGCGGGUGUUGGACGUAUCAUCGGUGGUGCAGAACGGACCGUCCGCCAGAGCUGCACCAGCGCCGCAACCGCCGGCGCCGCCACACUCACUGGACCGGUUCUCGGGCAGUGCCGGAGCCGCCGACUUUUACGAACCUCAAAUAUUGGGCGGCGUGGGUGGCGACCCUGCCGAUCCGCCGGUGGCCGACUAUUACGACGGUUUCGGUAGAUACGCGGCCAACGAGCUCCGGCAGAUGGACAGGCAGUCGGUGAUCAUAGCCAAGCGGCUGGUCAACGAAGUGCUGUUCCUGGGCCAGAUGGGCAUGUUAAAUGUCAACACCAGAAUCGAGACGCCGACCACCGGCCGACGGAAGAACGCGUCCUCGGCGACCGGGCGCAACUCGGAAUCGCGUGGUCGACGGCGCCGCCGCCGCCGCGACGAGGACGAGGACGACAAUGACGACGACAACGACGGCGAAGAGCUCGACCACGACGCCGGUGGACGCGAAUCGUCGUCGUCGCCGAUGCCGCCCGUCGAGUUCAUGGAGACUUCGUGAUACGCCGCGGAAAGUGGUCGGCCGAUCGACGAGCCAUUGAGUGCGCACUGCACGUUGCCCAUAUCCCCUCCCCCUCGCACCAAAGUCUACCGACCCGAACUCGAUUUGCCAAAGAUUGUUGAUGUCCACACAUCUAUGACGAGACCAAACGAGCGGUGAAUAAGGC